UAUAAACAGAAGAAACAGAAAUUCCUCCGAUUCUUCACGAAUUCAUCGUUGAGACGUGUGACUUACGAAACUCAAAGCACCACAGCGCAGCUGAACCUGUUCAGAUCAAGGCGGAAUCAUGGCAUCCGGAAAAGAAUUAGUUGCCAAAAUCAACAGCGGUGUGAUGAAGACCAGCAGAGCACAGGACGUGAGGAAGGAUACAGAAAAAAUGAUGAAAACUUACGCCAACUGGGAGGAAUUUCUCAUGCCUGCUCCUUUGUCGGUCGCGUUAUUAGGUCAGCUGGUGUGUGUGUCUGCGAAAAAGGAUUUCGCUGUAAAUCAUGGCAUGAAGGACAAAAAAUUUAAGUACAUUGAAUACCCAGAGUCUUUCCGAGCCUGCCUCAUGCAAGUUUGCAACACUGGAUGGGUGGCCUUCAACAUGGCACACAAGAACAUGGACCAAAUCCGACUCUACUCGUUGAACAUCCCAACGGACAUAGGAACAGUGGUGAAGACCCUAAUGCAGGAAGACGAUGCGAUUGUCACCGCCCUUCUACCUGGUCAGCUUCGGCACAUAGAACACACAGCCAAUGAGUGUUACACAUUAGCUUCGGCAGUUGAAGAUAAGUUCAUGGAUGUGAUCAAUUUGAUUUCAGAGCUCAUGGAAGCCUUCACAUGCUCCACUAAACUGUACAAUGACUCCGUGAAGGAAGCUGAAGCGGCCAUGAGAGAGGCAGAAUUAAUGAGGAAAUCAGCAGAGGACGCCAGGCGCGUGUCACAGCAGAAUUACGAGCAAAUGGAAAAACAAAUGAAAGAGGCACAGGAAGCAUACAAGGAUGCGAUGAAAGCGAUGCCCUCGGGCUGGUCGUUAUUAGGACUUGAAAUAGUUGACGGGCUAAGGAAUAUCGUAACGAUGAUACCCAAUGCCGUGAAGCAACUGUCCUCAGGUCUUUCGCAAAACAAGUUGCAAGGUGGGCAAGACGAUGAAUUAUCGGAAAAUGACGAUGAAGGUGCAACAGUCGCAAUUUUGAGCAAAGCGCAGCAGCUCCAUCUUGCUUCACAUGCACUCGCUGGUUUUGUUUCAGAGAGCGGUCAAAUUAAAAAGAAAGACCUUUAUGAUAACAUGGAAAAUAAAUUCAUGUCUGACUUUAGCAAGUUCAUAUUCCUAAGACUUAAAAGGGAGGUCAAAGCUGAGAAAACAUGCAGAGCAAAACAAAGUUUUCUCAGUCUUUGUAACAUAGGAAUUAAAAUCUGUGAGGACCUGGAGUCUGUGAUUAAAACUCCUCAAUCACAAAAGGCGAAGGGUCUGCCGAAGCGGAUUAAGAGUCUCUGUAAGAAAUCUGAAGCGUUGAGCAUCGCUGCUAGCAUGAAAUCCCGUAGACCUCCAUUAAACUGCAAAGGCCCCCACAUGGCAAAGGCAUCAGAGAAAGUACAGUGCACUGACUCUAUUGUACAAACACACGUUAACCUGGCAACUUUCAAAGUCGAGCAGGCAAAAGCCCAACUGCACCACACCGAUGAGGAAGUCAGGAUAAGAUUUGAAGAAAUGACAAGGCGCAACAAAGAGCUUGAUGAAAUACUGAUAAAGAUUUCAAGAUGUAAUGUGGAAAAAAUUGACUAUGAAGAAACUCUCGAAGUUCUUUCAGAGGGAUUGAAAGCCCUGGGACAGGUGAAGGAGCAGUGGUCAAAGUUAGUUCAGUUCUUUCAAAUGAUCUCCAACUUGAUCAAGACUUGUCUCAACCAAAAUCUGAACAAGUUCGUUAUGGACUGUAAAUCCAUCCCGCAGAUCGAGGGAUACACACAUUCUGCGUAUGUGAAAGAUCUCAUAUAUCAGCAGGCCUUUCAGGCCAGUAACGUUUCCAGCCUCGUCAACAUGAUCUCAGAAACAUAUGUUACGGUUUCCAGAAAGCACCUGAUGGACAGGGUUAGCGCUCUGGGAACCCUCAUGUCACUGAAACCAUCUGACCAAGAAUUUAAUCUCACCAGGAUGAGGUUGAUGGAAGGGUGUAAACAAUCAAAGGCAGAAAUAGAGGCAUUAGUGUCAAAGAAUAUGAAGGAGUUCUCUGACAGUGUUGAGGAGCGCAUCGCAACAAUUGACCGCAAUCUGAAGCCAGCGCUUCCAUCUUCAUCCGGGGAAAGGGUGAAAGAAAUUGAGGAGAGCUACAGGAAGGAACCAGACAUCCUUAUUAGAGAGCUUUCUGAAGAAGAUAUGGACCAGUUCUGCUGAGUCAUGUGGGCCAACGCACGUAUAAAUUCUCUGUUUCUGUUGGAUAUUCAUUUCUCUGCACUGGCUUCCUAUAGCUGCCCGAAUCAAAUUCAAAACCC